GCUCGUAAGGCUCUUAGUUUGAAGGUUUUUACCGGAAGUCUUUUAUCGCUGACGUUAAAUUGCAAGUCUCUGGCACAAACUCGGGCAGCAGAAUGUUGAGCAGCUGAUGCUUUAAAGAAGCUAAAAAUAAUCGAACAUUUCACUCUUUAACAGACACAUUAAGUUUUCGAUUUUUUUUCGCUUUGAUUUUUAAUUUUUAAAAUAAUAACGCAGCAACCAAGGAUGAAUCGAGGUCACUGAGGAAUAUUUCACCUUCUUACGAGACGGAGUACAGUGGCGUGUGAGGGCGGCGGUCUGCUGGUGGCAUGGCCUUAUCGUUUUGCGGCAAUGACGAUGAAACAGCCUACAGUGUGGAAAAGGGCGUCCUGAAAAAUGGCUGCUUCGUCGACGCACUCAACCUGGUUCCUCACGUCUUCCUGCUCUUCAUCACCUUCCCCAUCCUCUUCAUUGGUUGGGGGAGUCAGAGCUCCAAGGUUCAAAUCCAUCACAACACAUGGCUUCAUUUUCCGGGUCACAACCUCAGGUGGAUCCUCACCUUCUCACUGCUGUUUGUGCACGUGUGCGAAUUUGCAGAAGGAAUUGUCUCCAACAAAAUGAUGGCGACCAACCACCUCCACUUUUACAUACCCGCAUUUAUGGGUUUUGUGGCAGCAACGACAUCGGUGGUUUAUUAUCACAACAUUGAGACGUCCAACUUUCCCAAACUGCUGCUCGUCCUCUUCAUUUACUGGGUCUUAGCUUUCAUCACCAAGUCCAUCAAGCUGUGGAAAUACACUGAGUUAGAUGUUGGACCGCAACACCUGAGGUUCUGUAUCACCGCCCUGCUGGUGAUUCUGUACGGGUUACUCAUGGCUGUGGAGAUCAACGUCAUCAGAGUCAGGAAAUAUGUCUUCUUCGCGAAUCCUCAGAAGGUGAAGCCUCCAGAGGAUCUGCAGGAUUUGGGAGUUCGCUUCCUGCAGCCUUUUGUCAACCUCCUCUCUAAAGCCACAUAUUGGUGGAUGAAUCCUCUCAUCAUCGGAGCUCAUAAAAGACCCAUUGAGCUGAAGAAGAUUGGAAAGCUGCCCAUUGCCAUGAGAGCUCUCACCAACUACCUGAAGCUCAAAGAUGCUUACGAGGAUCAGAGGACGGCAGAGGAUCCGACUCGAGCACCUUCUAUUUGGCGAUCCAUGUACCGGGCGUUCGGACGCGCAAUUCUUCUCAGCAGCACCUUCCGUUACCUGGCCGACCUUCUGGGCUUUGCUGGUCCGCUCUGUAUCUCUGGCAUUGUCAAGCACAUGAACGUCGUAGAAAAGGACAGCGCAUCGAACAUGACGGAGCUGCACUCCGGCGUCUACUUCAUGUCUUCGUCCAAACUUCUUCAGAACCCCUCAGUCCUGGCCGUUCUGCUCUUUCUGGCUUUAAUUCUGCAGAGAACCUUUCUGCAGGCUUCUUACUACGUUACCAUAGAAACAGGCAUCAACAUGAGAGGAGCUUUGCUGGCGAUGAUUUACAACAAGAUCCUACGUCUAUCCACGUCCAACAUGUCCAUGGGUGAGAUGACCCUGGGACAGAUUAACAACCUGGUUGCCAUAGAGACCAACCAGUUGAUGUGGUUCUUGUUUCUUUGUCCAAAUCUGUGGGCGAUGCCUGUGCAGAUUGUGAUGGGAGUAAUCCUGCUCUACUACCUACUGGACUGGAGUGCUUUGAUCGGAGCCUCCGUUAUCGUCCUGCUGGCUCCUAUUCAAUAUCUCAUCGCCACAAAAUUAGCAGACACUCAGAAAAGCACACUGGAACACUCCACCGACCGUUUAAAGAAAACCACAGAGAUCCUGAAGGGCAUCAAGCUGCUGAAGCUCUACGCCUGGGAGAAGAUCUUCUGUGACAGUGUCGAGGAGACCAGAGGUAAAGAGCUCGCCUGCCUUAGGACCUUCGCUUUCUAUACCUCUAUGUCCAUUUUCAUGAAUGCUGCCAUUCCCAUUGCUGCUGUUCUGGCUACUUUCUCAGUUCAUCACUUCACUGAUAAAACCGGACCCAGUCCCUCUGAGGCCUUCGCAGCAUUGGCUCUGUUUCACAUCCUGGUCACUCCGCUCUUUCUGCUCUCCACUGUUGUCAGAUUUGCCGUCAAAGCUCUGGUCAGUGUCCAGAAGCUUGGUGAGUUCCUUCAAAGUGAUGAAAUUGGAGACGACAGCUGGAGAAACGGAGACAUAUGUGUUCCACUGGACAUAGGAAAGAAACAUCCUGGACAGACCAAAGCCAUCAACAGGAAGAAGCCUGUCUGGUACCAGAUGGACAACUAUGAGCAGCCCAGCAGAAGACCCCUGAGACCCUCGGAGACUGAGGAUGUUGCUGUGAAGGUGACUAACGGAUUCUUCACCUGGGGCAGUAACCUGUCCACGCUGUCCGACAUCAACACCCGUAUCCACACAGGUCAGCUGACGAUGAUCGUGGGCCAGGUGGGUUGUGGGAAAUCCUCUCUGUUGUUGGCCAUGCUGGGUGAGAUGCAGACCAAUGAGGGACGAGUUCACUGGAGCAAUAAGAACAGAUACUCUGUGGCCUACGCUGCUCAGAAAUCCUGGCUCCUGAAUGCCACAGUGGAGGACAACAUCACCUUCGGAAGCCCCUUCAGCAAACAGAGGUACAAAGCUGUGAUCGACGCCUGUUCUCUGCAGCCGGACAUUGACCUGCUGCCUUUCGGAGACCAAACUGAGAUCGGAGAAAGAGGCAUAAACCUGAGUGGAGGUCAAAGACAACGGAUCUGUGUGGCCAGAGCUCUGUACCAAAACACCAACAUCGUUUUCUUGGACGAUCCCUUCUCAGCCUUGGACAUUCACCUCAGUGAUCACCUGAUGCAGGAAGGAAUCCUCAAAUUCCUGCAGGAUGACAAACGGACCGUUGUCCUGGUCACACAUAAACUUCAGUACCUGAUCCACGCGGACUGGAUCAUAGCGAUGAAGGAUGGCUCCAUCCUGAGAGAAGGAACCCUGAAGGACAUUCAGACCCACGACGUGGAGCUUUACGAUCACUGGAAAACCCUGAUGAACAGACAGGACCAGGAUCUGGAGAAGGUGAAGGGACCGUUGGGCCUCCUCUAUAAAUGUGUUGAUCUGCAGAUGCGAUCACAAACCACGCUGGAGAGAAAAACUCUGAGGAGAGCGUUUUACUCAAGAGAAGCCAAGAAUCAGAUGGACGAUGAGGAUGAGGAGGAAGAAGUAGAAGAAGAAGACGAUGACAACUUCUCCACCACCACCAACAGAAGAUCUAAAAUUCCAUGGAAGGUGUGCUGGUGCUACCUCUCUUCUGGCGGCUUCUUCAUGGUUCUUCUCAUGGUCUCCUGUAAACUUCUUAAACAUUCUGUAAUCGUUGCUAUCGAUUACUGGUUGGCCGACUGGACGUCGUCCAAGACCAAUCAGAGCGUUCCCGGUGUUGGACCGAGGUCCAAUUACAGCAGGUUCAUGAACAGCAGUUUCCUUGGUAACAUCACAGAACCAACGCCUCUCGGAGACGAGCAGGACUCCUACCACCUCUCGGUCUUCAUUGCUCUGUGCGCUGCAGGAAUCACUCUGUGUCUCAUCACCUCCCUCACCGUGGAGUUUCUGGGUGUUUCAGCAGCAACUAACCUCCAUCACAAUCUGCUCAACAAGAUCAUUCACGCUCACAUCAGAUUUUUUGACAUCACUCCUCUGGGUCAGAUCCUCAACAGAUUCUCGGCUGACACCAACAUCAUAGACCAGCACAUUCCUCCGACCCUGGAGUCUUUGACCAGGUCCACGUUGCUCUGUUUGUCCGCCAUCGGUGUCAUUUCCGCCAUCACUCCUGUUUUUAUCAUCGCCUUGGUUCCGCUCGCUGUCGCCUUCUACUUUAUACAGAAAUAUUUCCGUGUUGCUUCUAAAGACCUUCAGGAUCUGGACGACUCCACCCAGCUGCCUUUGCUGUGUCACUUUUCGGAGACGGCAGAAGGUCUGACCACCAUCAGAGCUUUCAGACACGAGGCUCGUUUUAAGCAGCGAAUGUUGGAGCUGACGGACACCAACAACACUGCCUACCUGUUUCUGUCUGCUGCCAACCGCUGGCUGGAGGUUCGCACGGAUUAUUUAGGAGCCAUGAUUGUCCUCACAGCAGCGGGAGCCUCCAUCUGGACUUCACACUCAGGUCUGGAUGUAAGUCUGGUGGGACUCGGACUCACCUACGCCCUCACGGUCACCAACUACCUGAACUGGGUGGUGAGGAACCUGGCUGACCUGGAGGUGCAAAUGUCAGCUGUGAAGAAGGUCGACAGUUUCCUCAGCACGGAGUCAGAGAAUUACGAGGGCUCAGUGGAGUCCUCGCAGGUUCCUGACGAUUGGCCAAAGAAUGGAGAGAUCAUGAUCCAAGACCUGUGUGUUCGCUACGACCCGAGCCUCAAACCUGUGCUCAAACACGUCAACGCUUACAUCGAACCAGGGCAGAAGGUGGGAAUCUGUGGACGAACAGGCAGCGGGAAAUCAUCCUUGUCUUUGGCCUUUUUCAAUAUGGUGGAUAUUUUUGACGGAAAGAUCGUCAUUGACGGCAUCGACAUCUGCAAGCUUCCCCUGCAGAUGCUCCGGUCCCGCCUUUCCAUCAUCCUCCAGGACCCCGUGCUGUUCAGUGGAUCCAUAAGGUUUAAUCUGGACCCAGAGAGGACGUGCACCGAUGAUCGACUCUGGGAGGCGCUUGAGAUCGCUCAGCUGAAGAACAUGGUGAAGGCUUUGCCUGGUGGUUUAGACGGUGUGGUGACUGAAGGUGGCGAGAACUUCAGUGUUGGUCAGAGGCAGCUCUUCUGCUUGGCUCGAGCUUUUGUCAGGAAGAGCAGCAUCCUAAUCAUGGACGAAGCGACGGCCUCGAUAGAUAUGGCCACGGAAAACAUUUUACAGAAAGUGGUAAUGACAGCGUUCGCAGACAGAACAGUUGUCACCAUCGCACACCGCGUCCACACCAUCCUGACUGCAGACCUGGUCAUCGUGAUGAAGAGAGGGAACAUUCUGGAAUAUGACAAACCAGAGACUCUGCUGGAGCAGGAGGAUGGAAUGUUUGCCUCCUUUGUCAGAGCCGACAUGUAGACACACACACACACACACACACACAUAUCCUUCCUUUUAUUUAAUUUUCAAACAUUAUGCUUGCUUCAGUGUGUUUGGACUCAAACGCUGCCUUUUUCAGACGUGCAGCUGUUGAAGGUCAUCCUGCAGCCUUUAACGGAACAAAAGUGGAAAACAAAAAAACUGUUGAAAGGAAAUAAAGGUUUUUCUCUUUGAUAAGGAUGGUUUAAGGAUCGUUUCUACUCAAUAUCACCCUUUUUAUACCUUCCUAUCUGAGUGUCUCUACUUUUACUACUUUUACAUGCAGUAUGCCUGGACUGAACAUAUAUUUUAUAUUUUUUGUCUUGGGUUUAAAGUUAUCAACGUUUUCAGCUUCGAUCAAACAUCAGUGCGAUUUGUCAAAGUUGGGAUUGCUCUUUCAGAAUGUGGCCUGUGUGUUUGAACCUUUUUUUGUGUGUGUAUUUUGUGUUUCUUUGCUUUUUAUGAAAACGUAGCCCAAACCUAUUGUUAAUGAUGAAACCACAUCGACGAAGGGCUCGGCUUCAAUCUCAUUUUCUGCUCACCAACUAGUUGCGAAAUUUGUUUUAACGGCAUGCGUCGCAAUGAUGGAACAAGACUUUCUUAAUAAAUUCAUGGGAGAUGGAGACAUGUCUCAGGAUGUUGUUUGUUUUCUCUUUUUCUACUAGCCCGUAUGUGAGAAAACCAAGACUUUAGCACUUGUGUUCAAAAUUUUAAAUACUUGAUUAGUACAUUGGAACACAAACCUUUUACCCUACUUGGAAAUUUGGACAACUUUAAAAUCACAAAAACUAUGAUUUUUCCGUGUGUAUGUCUGUUUGUGUUGUACAGUUGGUAAAGCUUGGAAGGACAUUUUUAAAGAUUUAGUUCUCGCUCAUAGAGUAUUAAACACUCUGCUUGAGUUUGAGUUAAAUAAAAUUUGUUAGUCUCCACU